AUGGAAGUAAACGAAAUUGGUAAUCAAAUGAUCAACAUGGCACAGGAUAAACAAAUGAUGGAAAUUUCAUUAAAUGACGUCAUUCCUCAAUCUAAUUUGAAGAAGCGUAAACGCAACGUACCGACUAAAAUUGACAGACAUUUAAGUAAAUCAUUGAGUCGAUUAUCAAUUUCACAAGGAUGUUCAAAGAAGACGAAGAAAAAUGUUGCAUCAAACAAUAUUUUAACAAAAAUGAUCCAUGAACUGAAUGGUCAGCCAAAAAUAUCAACAAAAAAUUUAAAGUCUACUUUCGUACCUCAAUAUUUGACAGUAUCCACUCGGAAAUUUAAAGAAAUGUUAUCAAAAGUAGUUCACGAUGGCCAUCAAAUUUAUGAGUGGCUAGACAAUGAUCAAAAGUUAAAAUCCACACGUGAAUUAGCUCAUAUCUUUAACUUGAUGAAUUAUUUAACAUUACAACAACAACUAUGGCAAGAUUAUUUUGAUAUCGGUAUGAUUGAUGGUGUUUGGGCCCCACGAGUAUCGAAGUCAAAAGCUAAAGAACAUAAUACAUGUGUAUCAUAUGGUCGAUCAGAGAAAUUUGUUGAACAACGUCAAAAAACAAUUCAACAUCAAUUGAAUCGCACUAAUCGCCAAUUACAACAACAUCUCGCUCAAUUACCAGAAUGGACAGAAAAAGUUCAACCUUCCUUGAUUCAACAUUUCUCUCAAAUGCCAUUCAAGCAAUGGUAA